UCACCUGUGACGAAGUAAUUCGUCACAAGGCAAUUUUUGACUGGGGUUGGGUUUCGCGCGUUUGGGGAUUUGUAGCAGAGACAACGCAGGAGUCCAGGAGGUGGCGCCAUCGCGGCGGCCACUCAUGGAACGAGUCGGAGACGAAGGCGAUCGAAGUAGAAAUCAAUGUAAGAGACACAGAGAGCGUGUAUUGAGUCGUCGACGUUUCUGCGUGUUGUUGAUUAAGUUGUGUAGAGGAGUUUUGUAAAGAGUGUCGAGAGUGUUCAGAGAUAGAGUCGAGAUAGAGCUCGACUCACUAGCAAAUAAAGAGUAGAAAAGAAGUGUUAAUUUGUGUUAUUUAUCAGCCCCUUUUUCUCGACACCGGCGAGUUACAUCGACCACGAGGACCUGCCGGGAGGAAGCUGUGUGCUGAAUUUGUCGACGUGGAUCAGAGGAGGAGUUUUGACGAGGGUAGUAAGAGACGGAGAGAGAGGGAUAAGCGACGGGGGCCAUAUUGGAGAGAGAGGAUGUCCGGACAUGGGAAUAGUCGACGAGGAGAUGAACGGCGAAGUGAUCGUUAUCGACCAAGAUCGAUGUCACUCCAUCGCCCAGAGAGGACCUUCGAACCACCAAGAGACCUGUCGGUCCCACCUUCACUUUUGGACUUUCCAAAUCCAGAUCCUAUGACGACCGGGGAAUUGGGGGCUGUCAGACGGCCGCUGUUAGCGACUGGGGGAUUGAGCGAUGAUCGUUCGGGGGAUAGGGUCAUCGAACCAAAGUCCUUACCGGUGGCCGAACCAAUUGACGAUCACCCACAUAAACGCGCGGGCGAAAGUUGGGCGCAGUUCGAGUCAAGAUUGUCGAUGAUCGAACUGGAGCGGUUCAUACAGGACAAGCCUCGAAAGUCGACGAUGGAGCUGGAGAAGUUGAGGGACAGACAACGGGAAGAGAAGGAAAAGAGGAGAAAGGUUUUUAGGAAGGAAGACUUGGUCUACCCAGGGGAGGAGGAAGAGAAGGAAAUCCCACCCAGGCCAAUCACUCCGCCUGGACCUCCUAAUCGAUCUAAAACAUCAGCCGUUGUCUCCAAACGGAAUGAGAGCCAAUCUGGGACCGGAAAUUUGCGACAAGGGGGCGAUGUGGGUGGGGGAAAUCGAUCCAGACCGUUACCUACAAAGACGACCGGGGUUAUGUUCAAUGGAUUAAAACCAAUAUUGACCGACCCAACAGUCGACCCCCCUCCCCAUGUUUGCCAGAACUGCUGGUUGAGAGGACAUCGACGCCAGGAGUGUCCCAAGAAAGUGACAGAAUCUUGCUGUUAUAACUGCGGCAGGAAAUAUGUCACCCUAAUCAACUGCCCCAGAUGUAAAGAGGCUCACGAACGGUUUCUGGAGAAAAAGGAGUCAUCAACAAUUAGUGACAGGGGAAAGUUGGAGAAAGCGCGAGGACGGUCCCAAUCGGGAGUUGAUCCUUCACCAUCGGGCCCAAAAACACCGGAGAAGUCCCGACAUGUAGCAGCAGUCCCAAUUCUUUACGACGUGACACCUCGUAAGCCAACGGUGGUCUCUGCAGAAGAGAAAACGGAACCACCGAAGAAGAACACACCGUCGUCUUCGGAGUUAGUGGCGACAGAGGAGGUUCCUGCUAUGGACUUGGUCAGCGCCAUUGAACAACUGACUCGAAUGAUGACCGGGUUACCAGUUGAAACAAUCAAUUUGGCGGUUCGACAGUUGAUUGAAGAGAGGCGAAGGACCAUGGACAAAAUGUAGUCCUCCAGAUUGUCGACAAGGGACGAUUAAUUUUCGACUUGGGUUUGGUGUUGUGGUUAGGCGUUACUGCUGGGAGUAGUAACGGCCUAGGGGAGGGGUGUUUGUGACGAAGUAAUUCGUCACAAGGCAAUUUUUGACUGGGGUUGGGUUUCGCGCGUUUGGGGAUUUGUAGCAGAGACAACGCAGGAGUCCAGGAGGUGGCGCCAUCGCGGCGGCCACUCAUGGAACGAGUCGGAGACGAAGGCGAUCGAAGUAGAAAUCAAUGUAAGAGACACAGAGAGCGUGUAUUGAGUCGUCGACGUUUCUGCGUGUUGUUGAUUAAGUUGUGUAGAGGAGUUUUGUAAAGAGUGUCGAGAGUGUUCAGAGAUAGAGUCGAGAUAGAGCUCGACUCACUAGCAAAUAAAGAGUAGAAAAGAA